AGCGCGGACCGGCCUUUCCUGCUGCGCACGUCAAGGUUCUGGAUGUGACGGACGGGAAGCAGGAACCGAGGGGCGAACCUGCGUCUAUAAUGAGACCGGUGCUGGGCAGCUUGGUGACGCUGCUCGGUUCAUUUCGCGCGUCUCCGACAAAACUCGCCACGCGAGCAGCUGCCGCGCGUCACCUGCAUAACACGGGGACGAGCAUGCGGUACCAGGCGGAGCAGAGAGGACGGCCCAAUUCCACCGACUACCGAAUUUAUUUUAAAACCUCUGAGGGGACGUACAUUUCACCAUUCCAUGACAUUCCCCUUAUAGCAGAGGAGCAUCAGGACAGUGAUGUGCCGGCCAAAAAAGCCAAGAGGGACGACAGCGAGGUGCUGUUCAACAUGGUUGUGGAGGUGCCACGGUGGUCGAAUGCUAAAAUGGAGAUCGCCACAAAGGAGCCGCUGAAUCCCAUCAAACAAGACGUGAAGAAAGGCAAACUCCGAUACGUGGCCAACAUAUUUCCUCACAAAGGUUACAUUUGGAACUAUGGAGCCCUCCCGCAGACUUGGGAGAACCCCAACCACUUAGACAAGAACACCCAGUGUUGUGGAGAUAAUGACCCCAUUGAUGUGUGUGACAUCGGCAGUGAGGUGUGCUUCGCGGGUCAGGUGAUCCAAGUGAAGGUUCUGGGCAUCUUGGCCAUGAUCGAUGAGGGGGAAAUGGACUGGAAGGUCAUAGCUGUCAAUACUAAAGACCCAGACGCCAAAAACCUGAAUAACAUACAGGAUGUGUAUAAGAUGAGACCUGGUCAUUUAGAGGCCACUGUCGAGUGGUUUAGAAAAUAUAAGGUGCCUGAUGGAAAGCCUGAGAAUAACUUUGGCUUCAAAGGGCAAUUCCAAGACAAGGACUUUGCACUUGACAUCAUCAAGUCCACCCAUGAGCACUGGAAGGCACUAGUACAAAAGCAGAAUACUGAAGGCAUUGAGUGCAAAAAUGUCUCCUGCUGUGAGAGUCCUUUUAAAUGUGGCGCUGAUGAAGCACGAGAUGUUGUCCAAUCGGCCCCUGCGUUUGGAAGUGCCCAUCCUGUGUCUCCAGAGGUUAACAAGUGGCAUUUUGUUGAAAACCAAAUGACCACAUGAAUACCAGCAAUAACAACCUCAUCUGGAGCCGUUCAGGUUCUGGCACAUUUGUCAUCAGAUGGAUUUACUUUGGUAAGGACUGAGUCUCAGUUGCAUGUGAAGUGUCUACAUUUGCCAUUAAACAAUGUACUGUAAUGAAAAUUGCUUUUGUUAAGUAAAGACACUAAGGUGUGUUUUUGUCUUAUGUUGAGGGCAAAUUGUUUGUUGUUGCUUAAAAUAAUCAGAAUCUACACAAAUGUAAGUGAUUUCUUUUCAAUUAAUCUUUAAAUCUUGUCUGUUAUUAGUCUGAAGGUUUUAUGUUCAGAUUUGUCAAUUUGUAAUUGCAACUACAAACAAGAUGCAAUUUGUAUAUGAAAAGUAAACAGUUUUGGUAUAAAUAAUAAAACGAAGUCAUGAACAUAAUAAGACUAAUUUCUGUAGUUUGACAUUAGAAAGUUUAUAUUAACUUAGAGUAACAGGUCACAUAGCUUUAAAUAAAUAUACAUUUUAUUAAAAAAAACACCCACAUCUCAGCAAUACCAGGAAUGAUAUAAUAAACAGCUUUCAAAUAGACUGCAUCCAAUACAUUACAAUACUUACAGUAUUAAUACCCAUCCUUAAUUCCAUUUGUGUAGCCUACCAAACCCCAGGAGAACUAGGAAAGCCUUCAAAUACAUAUACAGGCAAAAUGUUGCACGUCUUUAUUUAGUGUCUAACUGCAAAUAAACCGCGUGUAUCAAGUGCGAGCUUAACCAUUGAGCUCAGUGCAUAUGUUGCACUAUUUAAGCCCAGGAAGUUAUUCAAGUAAUGUCGAGUCACUCAAACACUCUGAAGCAUCUUCAAGUAUGGCUAUGCUUUCAACCCGCUCUAUCUUAGACACCUUGACUUUCUCAGCUCAACCUGCUACCGUGGCUGGGUUCUGUACAACGAAAUUCAACAUUUUAAUGUAGAUUUACUUUACAAAACUGGAACCGUGGGAAAAAUAGGACUCCUAUUGUCUGGCCGAAAGGAUACUACAACUAAUACAACUAAUACAGGGUAAUAUUUACAGUAAAGGCUUCCUGGAUGAUGUAACAAUGAUGGUUCUCUUAAGCUAAAUGAGGAGAUUUGCAGAUGCUGAUAGAGGAGUUGUGGGUCAAUAUAAGAGAACAUGAGGAAUUUAUAUCAUCAAAGAAUGAGUGUGUUCCUGUAAUACAUUUUUUUGUAUGUACAAUGUGACAUAAUUUAUUUUCAACACAUUUACAAUUUGUUUAAAUAAAACAUUUUUCAGUUCUUUAUCACAUUUUCCUGAAGAAGAAAUGAAGUGCUUUCAGAAAUUAUUGAAUUUGUAGAAGAAUGGGGUGAGUUGCUACAGGAGGAAUUUCAUUACAUAGCACAUUAUUUAAAUCAAAUAGGCGGGACAAAUUAAUUAUACAGUUGCUUAGUGGUUAUAAAUACUUCUAAUUGUACUGUGGGUUGAUCACUGUCUUGGUAUUGCCUCGUGUAAAAAGCAAAGACACAGCUUUAGCCUUCAGCCUCCAAAUCAUAGUUUCCCUUUAGUCAACUCAGUGCACAUAUGUUCAGACUACUUAUAGACACGUACCUCUAUCCUAAAGCACACGCAGAGGAUAGUAGGGACGAAUUUGUUCUUCUGUGAUGUUUAGUAGACAAGAAUCAAUGGAUUCAGGAGGCAAUGGCAAGUCCCUGAAUAAAGAAACUGAAGAUGAAUGCAGAUGGUGAAUAUGCACAAAAUUAGUUGAAAAUGAAACGUGUCCCUGAUUUUACAGUAAUAUCAAAGAUUUAAGUUCAAGUAAUACUUUCUAGAAGAUUCGAAAUCAAGAAAGUAAGAAAUGAACUUGUUUGCCUUCUGAUGGCAUGAAGCUUGACUGUUAUUACAUCUUUGAGACUAAUAUACAGAGAAAGAAAGAAAACUGUUAUAAUUCUAUUGCCAAACUAGUUUUGAGGUAUGUGGCAAGCUUGUACUGUACAUUAUUUAAAAGCCUUCUCACUGCCAAAAGAGUCACAUUGUAUGUUUCUAGUAGGUUGAAUAGCACCUUCAGAAAUAAAAUCUGUUGAAACCCCACAAGUACAAUGAAAAGGCUGUUCGCAUUCUAUACAUCACAAAAUCUAAAACAGUGAUUCCAACGUGGAAAUUAAUUUACUGUACAAAUGUCACUGGUUUAUCUUACAAUUAGAUUACAAUAAAGACCCCACAGCAAUUCAG